UUUUUUUAAUUAUACCUGUGGCCGCAGUGGGUCGGGUCACUCGCUGCUCCGGCCGAAAGGGGUCAUGUUACUCUCUUCUCCGCUUUCCCUUCGAUCCCAUCCCGACGGAUACGCCGACGAAGGCCGUGAAAACCUUAGCCCUAAGAAAGAGACGGACAAAUAGUAAGGUUUGUGAUAUAAUGAAUGUCUUUUCUAGCUGAUAACCUUUGAGGAUCUAAUCCAACCAAUAAAAUGUGGGAUGAGAAACAAAAGAGCAUGAUGUUUCAGGGCGAAAGCAUGAAUCCUGGUUUUGCUCGUCCUGAAAUCUCCUUUAUAAAGAGCACAAAACCAGUGCCUUCCAACAAUGGUUCUGAUUUGCAUUUUUUGGAGGCCUCUAGAAAAAGAAAAGCGAUGGAUUUGGAUCAAGGUGGUCAUGUUCAUAACGGUGCUUCUCUUGGAUAUAUUGGAAAUUUUAGCGGCAAUCUGCAUUACCUGCCACCAAUAGAUUCAAGUAUUCAGCAUGUUAUAGCUGCACCACCUAUGGUCGAUUCUAAUGGGAGAACAGAAAUUUUUCCCAAUCAAAAUUUUCAGUCUGCUAAACCCAGCUGUGUGCAGUCUCAAUUUGGAAACUGUCAUUUUCACAAUACGGAUAGUGCAUCCAUGUUUUUGCUUGCAAAAGGUGCGCAAUUUCAAGAAAUUGCAAGUGAUAGUUCUAAAUCGUGCACUUCCUACCAUCAAGAGUCUUUCCUAUCAUUUAGAACACCCACUGAAGAACUCCCUAAAGCUAAAUUAACUGAUUCAAGACAAGAUGGAGCGGCCACCCAAUCUGUAUCAAGUAAGGUCCAGUCAUAUUGUAGUCAGGUCAGCAGGUGCACGGAGAAGUCUCAGGCUUCUUUCGGAUCACAUAUAGGGAUGAAUAUGGGGCAUGGAAAUUAUGAUGUUUCAAAUAAAUCAUAUCAGUGCUCUGUGAUUUCUCAGGAUUUGCCAUUGUUGGAAUCCUCUCGAUUUCAGAUGGCUGAGAAAAAUCUUAAUGUGGAUGGAGGAAGCAAUGUUCAAGAUUUUACUAAAUAUGGACUACUUGAGGCAAAAAAGGGCGACCAGAAUAAAGAUUUUGUGGAAGGAGAAAAAUCUUGUGGAUGUUGUCAUAAGCCUAACACUUAUGUAAAUUAUGGAAAUCAUCCUUGCAACGAUAGUUUAGGUGUGCACUUAAAUGUCAUACCUGCAGAAUCAUCUAGUUCUGAGAAAGUAUGCUUGAAUUAUGAAAGGUUGAAAAACAGUGCUCAUGUUUCCAUGGAUUCAGAAAACAGGAGUUUGGAAAAAGAUGACUGCCCAGAAACUGGGAAAAAGGAUUGUUCCACAGAAGAGGGUAAAAGACCAGCCGAGCAUGGUGAUAGUUUGGAUGAACAAAUCAAGUCAGGUGCUGGAAAGGUACCUCCAGCUACUGAAAAGCUCUGGGAUGGGUCACUUCAGCUAAACGCCUCUAUAACAGUGUCUGCAGUCGCCUUCUUUAAAAGUGGUGAGAAGGCUCAAGAUAUCAACUGGUCUGAAAUUAUAGAAAUUAAAGGAAAAGUGAGGCUGCAUGCAUUUGAAAAAUUUAUUCAGGAGCUUCCCCGCUCACGCAACCGUGCAUUAAUGGUAAUCUCCCUGUGCUGGAAGGUUGGAACCUCUAGAGCUGGGCUGACAGGCAUGAAGGAGGUUGCUAAGAUUUACAGAGAGACUGAGAGGGUUGGAUUUGCACAGAUCUGUCCAGGUUUUGAUCUUUAUGUCUGCCCUCGAAGUGACACCAUAAUCACAAUACUUGCAAAAUCUGGUUUCUUCAAGGGCAUGGCAGCAGUAGAAGAAGACCAGGAUUCAUUGAUUGGUUGUGUUGUAUGGCGUAGAAGCCACCCAUCAUUGAGCUCUGCCCCCAAAAAGUUGGACAAAAAAAAGACUUCCAUGCAAGAGCAUCAUCUUCUCUCUUCAGAUUCUUCCAUUGCAGAAGUGAACUCUUCACCCAGAUCAGAGGCUAGAUCUGCAGCUGGGAAUGCAACACUUAUGGCAAAUGAAAGCCACACAAUGCAGCUAAACAACAAUCCAUCCAACUCUGGUAGUUUGAAAACAAAAUGCGGACCAGGAACUGCUCCUUCAAUCCCAUAUAACUCUCCUCUAGUUCCAGCUCAACCACUUCAUCCACAGAAGCCUGACUCAAGAUCUCUGCAAGAGACUAUGAGGUGCAAUGAGAACUCAAAGAACAGCUUGGAACCAAUGCCAAUGCCAUCAGCUCAUCCUGGACCGCAGCAAUUGUUCACAGAAGUUCCGCCACGGAAUAUUCAGUCUGUCAAUACCCCAUGUAACCUUCACAGUUUUCAUUCUGAUCCCCAUCCAAUCCAGCAUCAAGUGGCACAGAAGUCUGAUUCAAGCUCCCAGAAGGACUCCAAUGCAAUAUCUUCAGAGGCUCGGACGUGCAUCAUCCCUCUUCCAGAACCACUGAAGCCUGUGUUGGGUUCUGAACUGACCCAAAUUGCUCUUCCUGGGCCACCUCCGUUGCCACCAGAAGUUUUGCAAAGGCUUAUCGGUUCCAGCAGAACUGUUUUAAAGGAACCUAAUGAAGGCACACCCAAGGCUGAGAUUCCUUUGGGGCAUGUGGCAGAACCAAAGCAAGCUGCUAAAAAUAUUGACCCAAGAGUACCCGCUCUUCCUAUACAGCCUCCAUGGCUGUCAACAGCUCUGAAUAGAGCUCCUGGAACUGAUGUUGAUGAUGACUUACCAGAAUUUGACUUCAAUUCUGCAUGUGGAGUACCAGAAACCUCAGCUAGCAGAUAUCUUCAGCCUGAUCAUCAUAGGCAAGAUGUUCCUUCAUUCAACAACAACCAACUCCCUAUCAAAAUGGCCAACAGUGCAGGUGCGGCUACGCUUCAUGAAUUGCCCAGUGUGAAGCCAAGAGGAUCUAUGCGAACAUCACCAUCUUCAUCAUUUUCUAGUGAACCCUAUCAAGGAAUCACCUUGCCAGCAAAAUUUGAAAGUUUUGUCUCAGAAAACAAGCCUGCAGCUCAGACCUCCGACUUAUUGAUGCAACCAUGCACCUUGGAUGCCAAUAAGGAUUCAGUUAGCCCAAGCUCGAAUUGCAGAUUUUUAAGAAAGAAUCACUGGGAUGAUGAUGAUGACAUGCCUGAGUGGUGCCCAUCUGAUCUAGAACACCCAAACCAACCACCAUCAUGCUCAACAACCAAACUGCCCUCACCGGUACUUGAACCAACCUCAGAGAUUGCAGCACCACACCCCUCACUUAAUGCUCCAUCCCCAGCAUCUCUCUAUCCACCAAAAGGUCAAGGAUUUAGUCCGGGGUUUGAACUUGGAAUACUGGGCCCAUGCCCUGCCAGCAACAAUCCUGCUGCAGCACCAGUUCAAACAAGACCAACCAUCAAAUUUGUUCACUCGAGACGAAGGCCUCCCUUGAUUCCCAAUACAGACCAUUCCUUGAGGCCUUGGACUAGAAAGUUUGGUACCAAACCGCCGCAAUCAAAUGCUGGUUGGAGAUCGUGAGGGCCCUGAUAUCAACUAUGCAGUUUUGUAAAGUUGUAAAUCAUCAUGACUCAGUAGAUCACCAUGUUAACCAUUGGCAGUUGGUGCAGAUAAAUAUCUUGUUGGUUGAGCCUUUAUGAGUUGCAAAGCUUUGCAAGGGUGGAUCCUGCUUGUAGUCUGGUUCUAAAUUCAGAGUCGGAUUGAAGUUGGAUGGUGAUAUUUUAGAUGUGUAUGCCAUGCUUUGAAAAACUAGUGCAUCCGUCAGUCUCAUCUAUGUUAUAUUCAUAUUGGUUUUAAGUGAUCUUGUAAUGCUUCUGCCAUUCUUGCAAGAUGA